GGCAGAAGGGAACGAGAGACGGAGGAAGAGAGAGAGGGAGGGACAAGACAUCUCCUCCCUGUUUCUCCACUCUCCCUCCCACGCAGCCAGCGUGUCCACAUUGUACCCACCACAAUCCACCUCCAUAUUUCCCUCCUCAUUCAUUCAGACACCCACAUCAUCCUCGUCAUUCUGCUGUGUGUGUCCCCCCACACACCACCCCCCCCGGGCCGUUCGCGACACAAAGAUGAAGACCCACGCAGGCUGCAUGUGCGGGCGACGAGGCGAGACCAGGAGCCACAUCGCCAGGUUCAUGAACAGGCGAGCCCCUGCGAAAGAGCGGUACCGGCCGACAGAUUACGAGCAUGCAGCGAACUGCGUGACACAUGCCCUGUGGAUUCUCCCGAGCACUCUGGGAAGUCUGUUGCUGCACAGGCGCGCCGCCGGGCCCCUGGAGGGCGUCACGGCCUGCGUGUACGGCCUGGGCCUUUGCGCGCUCUUCACCGUCUCCACGCUCUUCCACACCAUCUCCUGGAGGAAGAGCCACCUGCAGCGAGUGGAGCAGUGCUUCCACAUGUGCGACCGGGUCACCAUUUACUUCUUCAUCGCCGCCUCGUACGCGCCCUGGCUGAAUCUACGUGAGCUGGGCCCAUGGGCUGCACACAUGCGCUGGCUGGUGUGGGUCAUGGCAUGUGCGGGCACCAUCUACGUGUGCCUGUAUCACGAGAGGUACAAGCUGUUGGAGCUGCUGUGCUAUGCCACAAUGGGACUGUGUCCCGCACUUGUCAUCCUCUCAUCCCCGGAGCAGGACGGCGUGUGGGAGCUGGCGCUGGGCGGGGCCCUCUACGCGCUGGGCGUGGUGUUCUUCAAAAGCGACGGGCUGGUGCCGUUCGCGCACGCCAUCUGGCACGUGUUCGUGGUGCUGGGCGCCACCGUGCACUACUUCGCCAUCUGGCGCCACCUCUACGGGCGGGGGGCCGGCGGCGUCGACGGGACGGCCGCCGAACCGCUCGGAGUGCGCGUCGUGUGGGACUUUUGAAGCGGCGGCGGCGGUAUUUGUGCGUGUGGUGCGUACGUGCGGCGAUCGGGACGGUGGGUCGAAAACUCUUUUGUGGCCUGAUGUGGAAGGGACGUGACGCUACGGCUUUACUUUUGAGGUUGCAAUUCCUUCACGGAGGUCGUUACGGUGUUGUGGCAGUCGGAUGGCUUGCGUUGUGUUCUUUUUACGGGUGUUUUUAAAAAUCGUCAAUGGAUAAAUAUGGAGAGACAAAACACAUUUUGGUUGUUUUCAUGAAUGUCAAGAGAUAAUCCAGAGACAUCUGGAGCAAAAAAUCCACACUUCCCAGACCUGGCUCACCCCCCAGUGCCUUCCACACAUGUCUCCGCAGGUAAAGACUCACUUUCAGAGAAGUUGAUGUUCUUGUGACGAUUAAGAAACGAGAGCUGGAAGCUCCGAGCAGAUUGAGGUGCGAGAUGAGCAGCUGUUCUGGCUGGGGAUUAAAGCCUCGAGUCGUCGAUGAUCGUGACGGUGAUGAUGACGGACCAAGAUAAAUCAUAAGAGAACCUGACAGGGAAAUAAUAAUUAUUCCUUGAGGAUACGAAUUGCCAUGUCAGGCCACAAACUUUUCGAUUAAACCGGCUUAUACAGGAGAACUCCUCUUACCCGUGAUCAUGUGAGGGACACCUAUCUCCACGGAUCCUAUUAUCUACGGGGUUAUGCACGAAUUCACUCCUCUUAUCCACGGAAUGAAAAAAUAGCGGAUAACCCCGUGGAUAUUAGCAUGCAUGUUUUGCGUGACUCCCAAUAAUCUGCGAAAAAAUUAACGGACAGUGAGGAGUAAUGGGUUGACAGCCAUUACCUGCGGAUAACCCUGUGGAUAAGAGCAUGAAUUUGCCGUGCAGCUUCCUUUAUCCGCGCGAAAAUAAUGGUGAUUGCUAGGAAGCAGUUUCACCAUGUAUCUUGGAUAAAAUUGUAGAUAACUGCUGAUAAUAGUUAGAAAUGGUGCCAUGACCAAUAUAUUUUUUCACGGACCCUACAGCUGCGGUGGAUAAUAGGAGUUGCAGAUAAUAGGGCCACGGAUAAAAAAGGGGGUUCUCCUGUAUAAAUGUAUAGCUGCAUGGUUGUUUUGAAGUCGCCAGAAGCAAUUGUUGGUAGUUAUGAGGACAUACAAGUCAUAUAUAUAUAGACCUUCCACAAACAGCGCAAGCCACGCAAGUGAUUGUGAGAUUGCAAAUCGAGGAUAAGGUGCUGUCAUUUAAUAUCACAUUACUUUUGCCACCAGAAUCAUGGACCUAGGCAGUGUGAUGCGUUUGUAACACUACGGAGAAAUUGUAGAGAAGCCGGCGUUUUAUUCCAUCGCCGGCAGACGUCUUCCACCAAUCUGAACACACGAGGUUAACUCUCUUAACAGGCUCCUGAUACUACACCUUUUCCGACGUAGCCCAUGCGAUUUGAUUACAACAAUGAUGCAUAAUUUUGCAUCAACAAAACAACAACCGCCAUUCGCCACUAAGUGGCGGUGACGUCACCACGACGCUUGUGCCAGGCCAUGUGCACCUUGAGGCCACGUGAAGUGUCGAACGCCCGCUGGCACACACACACACACGGUAAUUGAUGUGACCAGACCAGAUAAAGUCCAGCGGGGCUACGUCAUUGGAUGUGUCAGUGGGGCUACGCCAGUGGGGCUAGUCCGGUGAAUGCGAGGGCCACGCAAAUUGUUUCACUUCAGACAAUCCAGUGCACAGGUGUGUCUUGCAACCAGUCAUGCACUGCACCGAGACCAAUGUCAUUAGAAAUCGGUGGGGUAUCUAUGGAUCACAUUGCAUUUGCGGCGGCAGCCUCAACAAAGCAGCUGUCCAGCAUUACUUUCAAAGCCACUGGGAGUCGUCAUCACAGCUGUGACCAUAUAUUCGCUGUUUCCGUCACUGUGCUCUACGUCCAUGAUCCCGACUGCAAAAAGGUGUACAAAAUGUAUUAUGUGCCAUCACAGUGGAUUGCGGUUACGGAAUUAAUUUAACUCAUAGCUACUGUUCUCUUCCACCGAAUGAUGCUAAAAUAAGAUUCAGGUAUGGCCAGCAGCCUCUGGCGUUCUGUACCAGUUCUUCCCAGCAGCAUUUGUUUUCAGCAGACAAACUCUAAACUGGCUUCAACCUCUCUUAUAUAAAAUUUUCACCAUCACAGUGGAUUUCCCCGCUGGCUAUUUGCCGUGCCGAGUUGAAAACAAACCACGGUCACCUGGCCUCACGAUAAAUAUGAAUCUGGCUUAGGGCCAAGGGGCAGGGUUCAUCAUUUCCAUCGUGUUCCUUCGUUGCAGGCGACGUCGGCAGCACGGCUCAGAUCCUGCGGUGGAAAAACAACGUGGGGCCUCCCCUGUGCCACGCCUAGUCGGCUCUGCUGGCUCUGCACAGCUCCAGUACGGCCUGUUGUUGUACAGGGUGAUCCAGAUGCCUUGUGACCCCCAUUUGAUUCUCUAAAACUUUGAAAUCUUUUAAAAUAAAGGUUUAUUUUUUAAACAGAAAUUAAUAUUAAUUUGCGAAGGACAUAUUUUUUAGGGAUCAAUGUGGGCUUCGCAAGACAUUUUACAACCAUGCACGAUAGAACAAGAGGUGUUAACUUCAGUAUGGCCUACUUGGUUUAUUAUUUACAAUGUUGCUGUACUGCACUGAGCAGUCCCAUGAUAUUCGUGGAACACCCCCGUCUGUGACGACUGGACACCCAGGAGGAUCUGUUUAACUGGCCACACCCUGCUAAUAAGAUUCAGAGACGUCAAAACCAGUCCAGGGUUAACUGCUUAAACACCACGAUGCUGGGGGAAAAAUUUUAACCACAAAAUUCGUAGACUGGUGAGCCUAAACGUUAUUUACAUUUGUAUGCGGUGACAGAGAUUCUCAUGUAUUAUGUAAAGAAAGUUGUUUGGCCUUUGAAGUCUGUGAUCCCUUGUGGGCCUUGUGUUUUGCAUACAGUGUCAAUUUGACAUGACAUAUACUGCUGUAUUUGGCAGAUGUAUAGAUGGUUAGGAUGUGCGGUAUAUCAUAGACACCAGUGUUGAACAGAUGCCCAUGUUGACCCGAAGGGGAUUAUGGACUUUUUUUCUUCUUUUGAAGGCAAAAUGAAUGGGAAGAAAUUUACUCGGACUCCAUAGAUCGUAUUACUACAAUUGAACUGGAAUAAAACAUACAUUCUGCAGGUGUAGGGUGAUGCGUGCCUGUGGCCCAGCACAUGUGGAUGCAGGGUUUAUUGAUCACGCAGAGAUCUUCAUAUGCUGCCCAGACUCCUUAAACCUGCUGGGCUUCCGGGUGGCCAGGAGAUGGCAGUACAGAAAGUUGGUUAUUGCCUCGCACGGUGGGGUUUCUCUGGGUACUCCGGUUUCCUCUGACAGGCAAAGGAUCCUCAAAACACGGAACUGGGAAAACAUCCAAAAACAAGGUCCUCCUGUGAGCAUAUUGUGAGACCCAAUGAGGCUCUUCUUGAUGAAUGGCGUCCUCAUAAGCGAGGACAUGAGUGCGUGAGUGUAGCGGCUUGCAGAGAGCAGUGAUACGUGUUGAGGAAGGGGCAGACAGUAGCACCAACUACAAGGGUGGACACUGAACAAAACGGAGACACCCUUGGUGUCCAUACGGAGAGUAUUCUAUGAUACCUGUCGUGUUUUAGGCAGUUCAGAAGAUAUUUUUUUAAAUACAUGGGAACUGAACUGGCCAUUCAUUUCUUAACUGACAUUUUGUAAACGACUAGUAUGUAUAUGUAAAGAUACAUCUAUUAAUUAAUAUUUAGUGCAUUUUAAACAGUGAGUUUAAACAGUGAGUUUAAAAUGAGUGGAGGGUACAAACCUGCCCAGUUCGAAAAAAUGUGGCAUCUUUAACAAAUCUCGUGGUCAAUUAUCCUCACCACCGAGCCAGUUUAUAACGAUCCAAGGGUUCAAUCUCCAACACAGUUGCCUGGCAAUUUCUGGAUGAUAAAGAUUAUUUUUAAUGUGCCGGUAUCGUACGGAGUAAUAAAAAAUGGUCAAGUAAAAAAUAAUCCACAAAAUGUAGCGAAACGUAACUGAUUUGCAACAUUGGGUUACCCAGAUCUCAUUCCGGAGAGGAACAAUGAUGGUCACUGGGCUCUCGUCUGGUUAAACGAAGCAGAAAUGGGACCACCACACUUUGGUAGGGUGGCUUUUGCCAACUUUAACCAAAAACACGCUCAUACGUGUGCAUGGAGCACACUUAAGCACUUAUCGCACGCUGAGUCGUGGGAUCGAUUUUUAAGUUUGAGAGACAAAGAGCCAUGGGGGACCCACGUGAGGAAGCCAAAGGGAUCCCCAUGGCGGCUAUUGAAUGGAGGGGGGUGGCACUUCCACGACUACGAAUUAUGGUCGCCCGUGGUUUGAGCUUUGGCUGCCGCGUGAAUGUUCUGUCUGGUGGUGGGUGAUAUGAGAGCUCUGUAUGGAUGGGGCAAACUUGAAGCUCUUGCGGGAAAACGGAUCACUUUUGUAACGGUGGUCAAAUUCUUGUUCCUGGCGAACAGGCGUCGCGCCCGCAGCGUGCUAAGGGGACGCGCCGGGCGUGCGCGGGUUAAUGUGUGCAUGGAAGGUAACAAUUUUAUACCACAGUUUAUUAUUGUACUAAUGCACUUUUAACUUUUGCACGCUGUUUUACAAGAAGAGACAUAGGCUAAAGUAACGUUGGCGAAACAAGAUGGCAUUCUUACCUUUUAGAGAAGGCAACGGUGAUAUGUUAUAACUGCUUUUAUUUAGUUUUUGGAAUAAAAAAAAUACAUGAAGCAUUGACAGUUUGAAUCUUGUGAACAUGGGGUGAUCGUCAGACCUAAUUUCAUCUCGGGCCUCUUCUUAGGAUCAACUACAAAUAUUCAUGUUCAAUGAUGAUCCUGCUCCAUCCUAAAUACCUUCAGCUGGGCAUGUACAAACGAUGUACUCGGGAUGUGUACCCAGUUUUCGGACUAAUCCAAAAAUUGAGCCGAGGUACAACAGUUCAGACGAUCCAAAAAAAGUUUGUUUCGGUUUUAAACUUGGACUUGCAGAGCACGUGCUGGCCGAGCAAGCAUAAAUAAAACAAACGAUUAUUGCUACAUUUCAAAUUCAUCACUUAAUGUUGUGCUCUCACCUCGAUAAAAGUCCACACACCAACACUCUCACCCAUUCUUUCAGACGCGAAUGGUGAUUUUUUUGCACGCAAGGCGGGGGUUGGUGUAUCACGUGGAGAUUUGUGAAUCGCUCCCAAAGCAUGCCACUGGACUGCUGGCUACGAGGUUGGGGCAGGAUGGCGAUGGGAGUCGCUGUGUCCGUGAACUCAUCUGUGCUUGGUGGGGUUUCUCCGAGUACAAUAGGGGCCAUCCAUUUAGUAUGUACGCAAAAAACUGUCAACUUGACCCCUCCCCCCCUCCCUGUACGCACGCGUACUUUUUACACCACCACCCCCCACCAAAUCCGAAAGAACGGCCGAUAUUGAAUCCACGCAGAAACGAUCAAGGAUUAAGAAUAUUCACGUGUAAUAAGCAAACAGACAGUCCACCACCGGACAGUCUAACUCAUUUGAAGGCCAAUGUAGACAAAUUAUUAUCGAGGCUUCACCCCCCCCCUCGUUUCCUAAGCGUACAUUGUCAGUAGACCCCCCCCCCAUACGCAAGCGUACGCAUUUGGGUUAACCCCCCCCCUCCCCCUUCCAUGCGUACGUACUAAAUGGAUGGCCCCAUACUCUGGUUUCGUCCCAUAUGAAGCCGAUCGCUCAAACGUAGCAGUACAAGAUCCUGCUGAACAUAAACCUUGAGAGUCGGCGAAGUUCUUGUGGCUGAACAGGUUUAAUGUCAAUGAAUUAUAGUCGUAACAAUUAUUGUUAUAUUGCUAUAGAAUACCCCUGGAGCAGUGUUUCUCGGAGCCUAGUCGCCGCACCGCAACUGUGUCUCGCGAAGGGUCCUGUGGGUUCGUCCGUCGGGCUGUGAUGCAAAUGCAGGUCGAUCCGGAAAUUGACAAUGUUCACGUUUUAUUUUCGUUUCGGACAAUUAAUAUAUUUAAUUUUAAAUAAAGUUGGGGAAGCUACCCUAAAUGCCAACCCUAAAAAAUGUAAGGCUGCAUAUUGUUUUGGUGUAUGUCCCGGUAACAUGCAUCAUUAUGUCUGACUGGUGUUUAGAGAUGAGUGAAAGCUUUUUGUCACCCGGGGGGGGGGGGGGGGGGG